AUGAUACACCCUAUCAAUAUCCCUGCUGAUCUUCUCGCUCCAAAUUCGACUUCACGACCCGAGACGUUCGCAGUUAAGCGAUCUCGACACAGUGUUAGUUAUACCGCGGAUGGAAGACGGCUGGUUGAUGGUAUUCUCGCAACGCCAUCUAGUCCGGUUAAUCUGUGGGGUGAAUUGUUUGUUCGGAGUGCUGUGGAUCGUUUCAAUAUUGAGCACAAGCCUAGGCCGAAUCAUAAAAAUUCACCGAUCACGCAAAAUUCGAUUCCAAAAUGUCAGUCAGUCGGCGAUGCAUUCAACGAACACGGCAAUGUAACCGUUUCAAACAAGUCGCAAUCUCUUGAUAAUAUUUCACAAGUUCAACCAAACAUCGAGAACGGCUUCUGCGACGACAACUUAGUUUACACUGAACUUUGUUCAUGCUCGAUGCCAUUCACUCCAUGCUGCUCAGAUAGAGAUUUAGAAAUACAAAUCGAAACCGAUACUCAAUUAGACGAUAUGCCAGAUGGCAUUGGUAAACGUCUUGUGAUCACUGUUAACGGUGAUGUUGUUUGA